GCCACCCUUUCUCGAAUUUCCUCUCACGUCUAUCAACAACCUCUUGGUAAAGAAAUCUGCACUGCACAAGUCAAGAGCCUGCAAGGGCGGGAGAUGUUACAGUCCAGCUCUUUCCAUCUUCCCCCUUUACUCUACAUAGUUUCAAAGGUCCGCAUGGCCCUGGUUUUGACCAGUUUUCCAACAGUUUCAACGUUAUGUAUUUCAACUUCCCGUCUCAGUUCACUCGCGUUUGCACCCGUUGCCGAGUGUGGGUGGCGGAGCCCUGGGUGACAGCACUCAGGAUCACGAACCCAUACACUUCUUUAUUCUCGUUGUCAGCCAGUUGCCAAGAGCAGUGGAACAGACACAAGUGGGGGCUGUUUGGAGCGGGAGUGAAGAGCCUUCAAGGCCCAGGAGAGCGCGGAUUCCGGAGUAGGGAGGCGAGGGGGCAGCGUGGGAGACCAGAAGGGAAAAUGGGCUGAAAAGCCAAGCAAAAAAAAGAAAAAAAAAAAACAAAACAAAAAACGUAAAUUGGGCUUUGCUCCGGCUUUACAAAGGCAGAGAUGGUCAAGCCCUCUGACUGACUUUGUGCCUUCUUUAUCCAGUCCUUUGUGAAAUAAGCCGCUUUCUGCCCGGCUGCAGGAGCUUAGGCUGUGGGAGACUCGCUUGCACUGCCCUGGGCCUCCAAGCUCCCUGCUCGCUGAGCCCAGCGCUGACACUCACAGGAGCUGCGUUCGCUGGAUCCUCUGAGAGGCUCUGCAACGAUCCCGAUCCAAUUCAGCAGCGUUAUAAAAGGUAGCCGAGUGGAGAUGCCUUUUCUUGUCUUUUUCAUUCUUUCAUUCUCUGUCUUUUAAAAUUUUAGCAAUAUCCUGUCUUUUCCCCGUGGAGGGUCUAAGAGUCUUCACUGGGUUUAAUUUAGGAAUUUCAAAUUGGAUAUCUCAAAAUUUGAAUGUGGUCACCUUAAUUGGUAAUCAAGAUUGCGAAGUCUUCCAAAAUAGCCUUUUUCAUCUUAUGUAAUUAGAGGUCCAUGAGCUUUCCAAAGAAGCUCUGGAUUUUCCACGGUACAAAUCUGUAUUUCUCUCUCUCUCCCUCUCUCUCUCUCUCUGCCUCUCUCGUGCGUGUGUGUGCGCGCGCCUGUGCGUGCGUUUUCUUUCAUUUCUGGCAUUAGGAAACUCGUUCAGGGCCACUGAAAAGUCAGGGGAGGCUCAGAUGUUAUUUCCCACCGAUUCCUGUUUUUCCGGAAACGUUGUCACCAAGGGCCUGGGAGGAAUUCUGGCAGAAGAGUAAAGUCGAAGUUCUUAGAAGCUCUGAGAAAUCAUGGGCCAUGCAGUAGGGGUCGAAAUGUUAAAAGGCCCACACUUCUUGAAAUAAACAGAAUGGUCCUGAGUGGAUUGCAACUGUUUUGGAAAUAGCUUUGUGAAAAGAGGUUGGAGAUCUACUCAAAAUUCUACGUUAGAGAAACUGAAAAGACAUCUAAUUUCAUUGCUUGGCAGAGGAAGAAGCCAGGAGGGAUGGUGGGGACUGACUUUGAAGCUCGUGGUUCUGGAUUACAACUGGAGACUGCUCUCCAGAAUGUUGAGAUUGCCCGAGAAGUGACCCCAGCAAAAGAAAAAUAUUGCUCUACCUGAAUUCAAGUUACACUUUCUGACAUUGAUUCCUCUGAAGAUGACAAAUGCCUUCAUAAGACGACAUCCUUUGUGGUGCCAUAGCACAUGGAUUUCAGAACCACCUGUGAGGAGACAAAGACAGGAAUUUGUUUGCUGCAGGAUGGUAACCAGGAGCCUUUCAAAGUCCGGCUGCACCUAGCCAAAGAUAUUUUGAUGAUCCAGGAACAGGAUGUGAUAUGUGUGUCUGGUGAGCCUUUCUAUUCUGGUGAAAGAACGGUGACCAUCAGAAGACAAACAGUAGGAGGAUUUGGAUUAAGCAUAAAGGGAGGAGCAGAACAUAACAUUCCGGUUGUCGUUUCAAAAAUCUCCAAGGAACAAAGAGUGGAACUUUCGGGACUACUCUUUAUUGGAGAUGCAAUUCUACAGAUAAAUGGCAUUAAUGUGAGAAAAUGUAGACAUGAAGAAGUGCUCUCAGAAUAUUGGCAGCCGGUUUCGCCACUCAGAGAAGAGGUUCAGGUUCUUCGGAAUGCUGGAGAAGAAGUGACUCUAACAGUGUCAUUUUUAAAAAGAGCACCUGCUUUCCUCAAACUCCCUUUGAAUGAAGAUUGUGCAUGUGCUCCAAGUGACCAGAGCAGUGGCACCUCCUCUCCUCUCUGUGACAGUGGCUUACAUCUCAACUACCACCCCAAUAAUACAGACACAUUAUCAUGCUCGUCGUGGCCGACAUCUCCAGGCUUGAGGUGGGAGAAGCGAUGGUGCGACCUCAGACUGAUCCCUCUACUACACUCACGCUUCUCUCAGUAUGUGCCGGGCACAGAUUUGAGUCGGCAGAAUGCCUUUCAAGUCAUUGCUGUGGAUGGGGUCUGCAGUGGGAUUAUUCAGUGCCUCUCUGCUGAAGACUGCGUUGACUGGCUACAAGCAAUAGCAACUAAUAUUUCAAAUCUCACAAAGCACAAUAUUAAAAAAAUCAACAGAAAUUUUCCUGUAAACCAGCAGAUUGUCUACAUGGGCUGGUGUGAAGCCCGGGAGCAAGACCCACUUCAGGACAGAGUGUACUCUCCGACCUUCCUGGCCCUGAGAGGCUCAUGUCUCUACAAGUUUCUAGCACCUCCAGUGACCACCUGGGACUGGACGAGAGCAGAGAAAACAUUCUCAGUUUAUGAGAUUAUGUGCAAGAUCCUCAAGGACAGUGACCUGCUGGACCGACGGAAACACUGCUUCACCGUGCAGUCUGAGUCUGGGGAGGACCUGUACUUCUCAGUAGAGCUGGAAAGUGACCUCGCCCAGUGGGAAAGAGCGUUCCAGACAGCAACCUUUCUAGAAGUAGAGCGGAUACAGUGCAAGACCUAUGCAUGUGUUCUAGAAAGUCAUCUAAUGGGACUCACAAUUGACUUCAGCACAGGAUUUAUCUGCUUUGAUGCUGCAACAAAGGCUAUCCUUUGGAGGUAUAAAUUCUCUCAGCUUAAAGGUUCUUCAGAUGAUGGCAAGAGCAAAAUCAAAUUUUUGUUUCAGAAUCCAGAUACUAAACAGAUUGAAGCAAAGGAGUUGGAAUUUUCUAAUUUAUUUGCUGUUCUUCACUGCAUUCAUUCCUUCUUUGCUGCCAAGGUAGCUUGUUUGGACCCUCUAUUUUUAGGCAAUCAAGCUAUUGUUUCUGCUGCUGCCAGCUCUGCUACCACGAGCAAAGCAAAGUAUACAACUUGACGUACUGAGCUCUGCAUUGACACGCACCAUGACUAUAUAAGCAGAACACAUUUACUCAUCAUUUAGACCCUAGGGAAACCAUAACAUCACCAAGUCGGCAGUGGAGGCAAAUCGAAAUUUUGGCAGAAAAAAGAAAGUCAUGUGGAACCUCAAAAACACUUCCAUUCUGGAUGACAUCUGUGAAACAUACCAUACGAACAAAACAGUUCUGUUGCUUUGUACCAGUAAGUAUAUUGCUUUCACCAAAAGUGGAGACAAAAAUGAAUUAUUUGAAGAAAUAUGUAAGUAAUAUAAAAAUAGUAAGCUACUUAUAAAUAAAAAUACUUAUUAAAAGAUUACUUCUGUAUUUUAGAUUAUUUUGUAUGACUAGUACAUGUUGGGCAGAGUCAUAAACAAAGCCCUAUCAUUGUAUUAUGAGGGACAUAAAAGAGUUAAAAACCAUAAAUCAGCAAGGAGCAUGCAAAAAAAUCACAUCAAAGAAGGAUGCACUUUAAUUUGCUGAUGUAAAUUUGCCCUCGUGUUCUCAUCCCAUGAUUUGACACUGGCAGUCCAAUUGUUUUUAUCUUAUUGUAAAUAUUCCAAAGAACUUCGAAAGGAUAAUUACUUUGACCCAUGAUAGAUACAAUGUGGAAUGGACUAUUCUCCCUUCGAUCACUGUUAUUGAAAUGUCUUAUUAGCUGCCAACAAUCAAGUAUGCCAAUAAUGUAUUAAUUUAAUUAUGAGUGAUGGGAAAUUUCAUGAACCUCUCAUUUCUUCUUUGGUUUUAAAUAGAUUUAUAUUUUACCUAAGAAGAUUUAUUAUCAAAUUAAAGUUUCAUAAAUUUUCAGUGAACCAAAAAACUUUAGUAGAGAAAAUAAUAUAAACAAAUAUGGUGUGAGAAGCAAUUCUUUGUAAUCUGAAGUCUACUAGCUAAUCAUGAACUAAAAUGUCCCUCUAAAGCAGUCCCAAAUCUAUUAUAUAUGCUAAUUAAAUGACAUUUUUCCAUUUCAGUACUAUUUUAUUAGAAACAAAGGUGAUAGUUAAAGAUAAAAGUUAAAAAUCUUUAUCUUCCCUUUUCAUGGAAAGUGAUUAAGUAAUGUCAACUAUGCAGGUUAUUUUAGAUAUUUUGUCCUAAGAAUGUAAAUGUGGAAGGCUGGGAAAUUUGAAAGCCUUAGAGGUGUGCAAUUUACUGAGAUUCCAGGUAUUAUACAACUAGUUGUAUAAUAUGGAAAACAUUCUCUGUCCUUUAGUACAGCUUUUUUGAGAUAUUUUUAAAAGUCAACUGUGUAUGUAAGAAAUAACAAAACAAAACUUUUUUUAUUGGUACAUAUGCUCCCAGGUAAACCAAGUAUUACAUGUGUCCUUGUGGAUAUAACCAAGUAUCUAAUAAAUUGAUUCAAUUUUCUUUUUUUUUCAAAUAUGUUUUUAAAAAUCACUCAAGAAGGAAACAAAAUGAUUUCUA